CAGAUUGCGUAUGAAUCUUUCGCAGGUUUCGGGAAAUUCUUGUUCAGCAUCAGCACGCUUUCUCGGAUCGAAUUAUUUCUUGGCACCUUUCCCUCAGCAAAUAGUGACUGCGGGACAAUGCUUUAGACAAGUGGGCUAAAAAUAAUUUUGGUUAAUACACCAACAUUAAGCUCUGCUAAGAUUUCUACUCUAUUAAAAUCAUGGAUGGAUCUAUGUAUCGCAGGCCUUCUUCUUACGUGUUUUUGUUUAUAGCUUGUCUGCUGACGUCUUGAGCUUGGUCGGUGGAUGCGUUUGAAGGUUUUAGCUUAAAGUUAACCUUGUGCUUUAUUUCUCGGCGCAAGUGAAGCAUUUAAAACAUAAUUUAGCAAACGCGUACGUAUUUAUGUGCUUCUGCUGCUGAUUAAGCCCAGAGAUCAAUAGUUUUAUUAGUUUGGCGAAUUUGGGGAAGUCAAGUGGCAUACGUAAUAAUUUCCUCAAGUGAAUUAUUUAUUGCUUUGUUGGUUCUGGUUGUUUUAAAUUUAAAAUGUCGGUUUGAACUACGUAUACGGUUGAAUUUAUAUAUACAUAUCCGGCAUGUGGCGCAGUUACGGCGUUACAUAUUCGGGUCGGGUCACACAAUCUGGGAAAAAUAAUUAAUUCUAAAUUAUAUAAGAAGACAGUGAAAGUUGGCAAGAUCAAAGUAAAAAUAAUUCCACACAGACCAUGUCAUUUUCCGUAUUACGAAAAGUGGUGCCUUGGAGUUGGUCCACAAUUUUGAUAAUAUUGUGUUUUUAUCUGAAUCAGUAUUGUGAAGGGAAACGAAUGUGUUACAUUUGUAAUACAAACAAACUUGCAAACAUAACUUUGGAACGAGAUUCCUGUCUGGACAACCCAGAAAACGGUACAAGUCCAGAAAACAUUGUUGAGUGCAAACAUUUUUGUACGAUUAAGCGUAAAGAGUUCCUCAGCAUUCCAGGAGAAUGGAUCGUCAUAUCACUCGAAAGAAAUUGUGAGGAGAGACCUUUCAUACUCGACGGUGUAGAGGCAGAAAACCACGUCAUGACUUAUUACAGAUCAUGUCGAGCCAACCUAUGCAACGAUGGCGAUGGACUCACCAGCUUAAAAUACAUUCUCGACGAACCUGACGAAGAAGAAGACGACGAAAAUGUUACAAAUUCUUCCACCCAUUUCGCCACCCCUUCGCCCAACUAUCGCUCUACAACUAUUCGAAUAUUUAAAAUCUAUUUUUUUGCCUUUGUUGCCUUCAUAUUCUCAAUAACUUGAAACUUUUUAGCGUAAUUAUUGUACAAUUUGUGUACUUUCUUUUAUUCUGUGACGACAAUUUGUACCUCGAAUUUCGAGUUGUGCAGUAAAGUAAUCCAGAUUAAAUCUUUGUAUUAAUUCCGGCUACUUUAUGUAACAGCUAGUGGAGGGAGUUUAAUGACGCAGCAUCUUCUCCUAUGCGCAGGAAGGUUUUGCACUUGGGGAGCUACUUGGGGCAUUAAUUUGAUAUUGCUAAAUAUGUGAAGUAAUCGAGUUUAAUUUUUUUUUUAUCCAGACUUUGUGAAAAAAAUGACGCCACCUUUUUCCUAUAAAGUUUGACGUCUUUACUUGAUUUUUAUUUAUUUUUAAAUCAAAUCAAUUAUAUAAUUAAGUUCUUAAUUUAUGGUCAACGUUUUUUUAAAAGUAAUUUUAGACCAGACAAAUAAAGUUUCCAAUGAUAGGUAGACAUACAAGUUGAGUCUGAAAUCGCUGGAAUCAGGGUCAACAUGAUCAGAUUUCGCGUUGUGGACUUGUGGAGCAGUGCAUACUGCAUACUUCAUCCACACAUCUACCCGAUAAUACAUUUUCGUUCUUUACAACGUUAGAAAGUUAGUACCAAUUUUUUGAAUUCUCAAAGUCUGGAUUUAAAAAAAAAAUUUUAAAUUCGAUUAAACUUGCCGUAACAUGAAAUUAAUCCCCACAAGCAUCCCCUCAAGUGCAAGAACCAUCAUCGUCUUUUCACUCAUUCGGAACAUCACGAUGAAGCCGACUAAUUAUGCAUCGCACUGUUUUAAGUGCGAGAAGGAACUCCAUUUAUAAAGGUGUGAGCCACCAGUUAUUGCAAACAAUAAAAUAAUGCCUUCAUUUUACUGAAUGUGGACGGAAGAGAUGAAUCAAGACGAGAUUUAAGACAAGGCUAUGCGAGUUCAUUCACCACGACAUGAUGAGAUUUAGCGUAGAAGGAACCGAAACCCAUCAUUCACUUCCAAUGCAACUUCUUCUUCUUCUUCUUGAUCCAAGAAGACAAGUCAACAAUGCUGCAAUCACAAAGAAUUACAAGUGAACUGGGAUGAUUUUUGGCUGCACUGCUUGCUGCUGCCGAUCAACAAUACUCGUCAUCUUUUUUCAUGACAUUCCUUCAACUUGAUGAUUUUUUCGGGUAAUUUCCAAAAUUCAUUUCCUGUCAUUAUUAUUAAGGGGUGAACCUCAAGACUUUGGCCGUCCGUCCGUCCGUCAGCAGGAUAACGGGAGAACUGAUAGAGAUCGAUUUGCAGGAUCAUCAGGGGGAGGAUCCUAGCAACUUUUGGGGUCAAUAGGACCCCCCUCGAAAUUCGGGGGGUGUGGUCACAUAAUUCUUUUUAGUUAAUUACUGUUUCACCCUAUUGCUACAUUUUGUUUGCAACGGUUUAUUAAAUACUUACCGAGCAAUAAGCACGAAAGAUCUGCAUAAUUUAAAACGGAUCAAUCUGAGGAUUGAUUAUGGAUUGAGAUCAACAGAGCAAUCAAAAUAUCAAUUGUCCUGAAUAAUACUUUUGUAGAACUCUAUUGAAUUUGAACUUGAGCCAGAUUCCGAUCCUGUUAUGUGUAUCAGCUUAUUCAGAUUAUUGUAUAACAAAUAGCUUAAUUCUCUGUCUUAUAUGGAUUGUCCGUUCAAAAAGAGUGACAUGAAUAUGUUGUUAUGUAUUCAAACCCCAGUGAGCAAAAAUACUGUAAAAUGAUGCAAAACCUUGUCGUAUAAUAAAUUUAACGUUAAAGAGAUGCAGUCAUGAAAGAGUAAAUAAAUGGUUUUGUUUCUAGAUCUUAAAAAAAUAAAAGAAUCCGGCCAAUACCCGUACUUCUGGUUUUGAUAGUGACCUAACUGUUGUUCGUUCGUUAAUAAAAUGAUAUCUGAAACGAA